UCUCCAUUGCUCAAGCUAGCUUGAAGGUGAAAUUCCUGUCCGGCGGCUCAAGCGACAAGCUCUGCAGUUUUGCGCUCAGUGGCUCUCGAUUCUUUAAAAAAAAAAAAAAAGGUCCAGGACAUUUACUCAGCCCAGCAUGUCGUCGAUAUUCAGCGAGGUUCCUCAAGCCGCUCCCGUCGCCGUUUUCAAACUGACGGCGGAUUUUCGUGAAGACCCGAGUCCUAACAAGGUGAACCUCGGAGUGGGAGCAUACAGGACAGAUGAGUGUCAGCCAUGGGUGCUGCCUGUUGUGAGGAAGGUGGAGAAGCUGAUUGCUGAGGACGACAGUCUAAACCAUGAGUACCUGCCCAUCCUAGGUCUACCUGAGUUUCGUUCUAGUGCAUCAAAGAUUGCUUUGGGUGAGGACAGUCCUGCCGUUCUGGAGAAGAGGGUAGGAGCUGUUCAGUGCCUAGGAGGAACUGGUGCUUUGAAGAUUGGUGCUGAGUUUCUGCGCAGAUUUCACAAUGGGAACAAAAACACAAAAACACCUGUUUAUGUCUCUUCACCCACAUGGGAGAACCACAAUGGUGUUUUUGCUAAUGCUGGGUUUGAAGAUAUUCGUUCAUACAAAUAUUGGGAUGCAGAGAAGCGUGGACUGAACCUGUCUGGUUUCCUGGGUGAUUUAGAGAGUGCACCUGAACACUCUAUCUUUGUGCUGCACGCCUGCGCCCAUAACCCCACAGGCACAGAUCCCACUCAAGACGAGUGGAAGAAGAUUGCUGAAGUAAUGAAGAGGAAGAAUCUCUUUGCCUUCUUUGACUCAGCAUAUCAAGGCUUUGCCUCUGGAAAUUUAGAGAAGGAUGCUUGGGCAGUUCGUUAUUUCGUGUCUCAGGGUUUUGAAAUAUUCUGUGCCCAGUCUUUCUCGAAGAACUUUGGACUGUACAAUGAAAGGGUGGGCAACCUGACAGUUGUUACUAAAGAUGCAGACAGCCUGAGCCGUGUUCUCUCUCAAAUGGAGAUGAUCGUCCGUAUCACCUGGUCCAAUCCUCCGUCACAGGGAGCUCGUGUGGUUGGGAUAACACUCAACACCCCAGAGCUCUUUGCUGAGUGGAAGGAUAACGUGAAGACAAUGGCUGACAGGGUUUUGCUGAUGCGCGCUGAAUUGAAGGCCAAACUGCAGGCUCUCGGCACCCCAGGCACCUGGGAGCACAUCACUGAGCAAAUCGGCAUGUUCAGCUUCACAGGCCUUAACCCCAAACAAGUGCAGUACCUGGUGAAGGAGAAGCACAUCUAUUUGAUGGCCAGUGGCCGCAUCAACAUGUGUGGCCUGACCACUAAGAAUAUUGACUACGUCGCUGAGUCCAUUCAUGAAGCUGUCACCAGGGUCCAAUAACCAUGUUUCUCAUGCCAUCUUUCCAUUUGUGUGUGAAACAAAGGGCGUUAUUAAUGUGGCGAUGUCCUCUCACACCCCACCCCCAUUUUCUCCUUAUUCACCUGUCUGCAGCACUCCAGCGUCAUUUGCUGGCUAUAUGAUCAAAUAUAAACUGUAAACUAAAUUAUCCUUUAAGGUCAUGUAGUUGUUCAAGAGAGAUAGUUUUGUGUGGUGUUUGUCUCACUUGUACUCGUCCUGGAUUAGAACAUAAAUCUGUAUUUAGUGAGUCUGUUCCCCUUGUAGUGGUGCACCAUGGAGUUUCAUGGCAUUACUUAAAAAAGCACUUUCUUGUAUAAUUAUGAAGUGAUGAAUCAGUACCACGAAGUUGUGACUGAAUUGAUGUUAACAGGUUCAGCUUGAUUGGUUUUUAAGGCUUAAACCGUUUUUCAAAAUGACAACAAUAUAGUGUACAAUAUGUACUUACUAUGUUGUAUUGGUGAGUCAGGGUAGAUGAGAUGAUUCUUUGAAGCUGAAUAAAGAAUUGAAAUCUGUAGCACCCCCCCUUCAUGUCCAAGGGUACAUUUGUCAUAAGGGAGUGUUUAAAAAUGUCUUUGCUUCUAUAAAAUAUGAACAAAAAAUUAUUUGCACGACUUGUACAAGGCUUUAUUUGAAUAUGAUACUGUCUCGUUUCUAGCUGAUGGCCACAAAGGAACGUGAUUUACAUAAAUUUUUACCCCUAACUUUAAACUACCUUGCUUAUAACCUGCACCAACAUCCUGACCUUCCGUUGUGGCUGCAUCAUCUAGAUCUUACCAUUUGCAUUUCAGAUACCACACUGAACCACAGUGACUAUCACCAUACUCCAAAGUAAAAACAAUGUAUAUUUAGUGUUGACGGUUCUUAGAAACAUUUUGCACUUUAUGCUAAGUCUUUCGCAACUGUUGUUUUUGUGCCCCCGUAAAGGCUGUGCAUGUGUGUUUAGGGUAAGUGCAGUGUCACGGUAACUUUGUCAAAUAUAUUAACAUAUUAGCACAAGUAAGCUUUGGCUUAUGUUGCUUAAAUGCCUAAAUGUUAAACAUUUACAUAAUCUCUCAGAAUGUUAAAUACACAUGCACAAAAUAUAAUAAAUAGGACAAACUGAUCAAGCCUCUUGAAAUAAAUAGGAUGAAAUUACAGAA